AUGGCCAAGUUCUUCUCCCGUCUUGGCGAGGUGGUGAGAUGGUAUCCUGCCGACAUGCCGCCUGCCGAGCGCAAGCUUUUGAGUAAGCUUGACUGGCUCGUCUUGUCCUAUGCUUGUCUGGCCUUCUUUACCAAGUACCUGGACGUGUCUGCUCUGACAAAUGCCUAUGUUUCGGGCAUGAAAGAAGACCUCAACCUCCACGGCAACCGACUGAAUUACAUCAAUGCCGCAUACGAAGUGGGAUACGUUGUGUUCCAGAUCCCCAGCAAUCUAGUCAUCACCAAAUUCCCAGCGCAGUACUAUCUGCCCGCGGCCGAGGUCUUCUGGGGUCUUUUCACGCUAGGCACGGCCUUUGUCAAGACAUACAACCAACUCGUGGUGAUGCGCUUCUUUGUCGGCCUGAGCGCAACUUCAUGCUAUGUCGGACUAGUCCACAUCAUCAAUAGCUGGUAUCGGAAAAGAGAACUGGCUCGCAGAAACGCGCUGUUCUGGAUCUCCAACCCUCUAGGACAGAUGUUCGCCGGAUACCUUCAAUCUGCGGCGUAUACGAACCUGUCCAACGUCGGAGGUCUCCAGGGAUGGAGGUGGCUUUUUAUCAUCUGCACUGUCAUCACCAUCCCGACCGCGUUCAUUGGCUUCAUCUUCUUCCCCGACGUGCCCGAGCGGACCAAGUCACGGUGGCUGACGGAGGAGGAAAAGACGUUGGCGCGCACGCGGCUGGCAGAAGAGGGGUUCCAGCCGUCGACGGGACUCGGCUGGGGCGUGUUCCUGCGGGUGGUGGGCAACUGGCGCUACUGGUCGUUUGUCGGUCUGCUGCUGCUGUUCUGCAACAUGGCGUACGCGAGCGGCACGCCGUUCCUGCUGUGGCUCAGCUCGCAGCCGGACAAGUACUCGGUGCCGCUGGUCAACAACAUCGGCACAAUCACGCACGCGGUCGCGGUGGUGUCGGCCCUCAGCACCGCCUACUACACCGACCUGCGCGGCCGGCGCUGGGAGCCCAUGGUGCUGUCCGGCGUGCUGUGCGUCUUCAGCAAUCUGGUGCUGGCCGUGUGGGCGGUGCCGGACGGCCUCAAGUUCUUCGCCUACAUCGCCAACGGCUGGGCCCAGGGCUCCAUCGCCGUCAUCAUCGCCUGGACCGCUGAGAACCUGGCCGACGACCUGGAGGUGCGUGCCGUCACCUUGGCCUCGUACAAUGCCUUUGGCGAGGUCACGGGGCUCGUCGUCCCGUUGGUGGCCUGGCAGGUCUCUCAUGCCCCGACCUUCCGGGGCGGUUUCAUCUGGGCGACCGUCAUCAGUGUUCUUUUCCUGCUCGUCAUCGGCCAGAUCUGCUGGUCGCUACGACGAGACGAGAGGAGACGGGGCUUGCUCAAGCCCAAGCCGCAAGGCGCGCCCGAGGAGCUUGGGAUCGUCGAAGAGGUGGAAAGGGAGCUGGAUGGUUCGGCCAUGCCCAUCCCGGACGAGAAGACCGCGCACACCGAGACGACGGUGAAGGUAUAG